GUUAUGACGUAAGAAGGGGGGUCAGAAGGGAUAAGCUCUCCCUAAGAUUUUUGGCCCCGCCCUGUUCCCUGCCCUGCCCUGCCCUGUUGCUGUUGCGCGGCUGCCGGCUGCUUCCUUGUGGAUACCCACCAUGGAAGAGACAGUAGAAGACCCCCCCACAUCAGCUGUCUUGCUGGAUCAUUGUCAUUUCUCUCAGGUCAUCUUUAAUAGUGUGGAGAAGUUCUAUGUCCCUGGAGGGGAUGUCACAUGCUAUUACACCCUCACCCAGCAUUUCAUUCCUCGUCGAAAGGACUGGAUUGGCAUCUUUAGAGUGGGAUGGAAGACAACCCGUGAGUAUUACACCUUCAUGUGGGUUACUUUGCCCAUUGACCUAAACAGCGAAUCGACUAAGCAACAGGAAGUCCAUUUCAAAGCUUAUUACCUGCCCAAGGAUGAUGAGUAUUACCAGUUCUGCUAUGUGGAUCAGGAUGGUGUGGUCCGGGGCGCAAGUAUCCCUUUCCAGUUCCGUCCAGAAAAUGAGGAGGACAUCCUGGUUGUUACCACGCAGGGUGAGGUGGAAGAGAUUGAGCAGCACAACAGUGAGCUUUGCAAAGAAAACCAGGAGCUGAAGGACAGCUGUGCCAUCCUCCAGAAGCAGAACUCAGACAUGCAGGCUGAGCUCCAGAAGAAGCAGGAGGAGCUAGAAACCCUAAAGAGCGUCAACAAGAAGUUGGAGCAGAAAGUAAAAGAGCAGAAGGACAGUUGGGAAACUGAGCUGCUUCGACUGAAAGAACAAAACCAGAAGAUAGCCUCAGAAAAUGGGAAGAUGGGAGUCAGAGUGGAUCAGCUUCAGGCCCAGCUGUCAACUCAAGAGAAAGAAAUGGAAAAGCUUAUUCAGGGAGAACAAGAUAAGACAGAGCAGUUGGCGCAUCUGAAAAAAGAAAAUGGCACACUCUUCCUCAGUUUAACUGAACAGAGGGAGCAACAGAUGAAGCUCAAGCAGACAGUGGAGGAGUUGAAGCAGAAAGAAGCUACUGCAACCAAGAAACAGCAGGAGUUAACGGAGCCUAAGAACAAGAAAACAGCAGUGGAGGAGCAGUUAGUGCAAGAGGUGGAACACCUAAAGGCAAAGGUAGAGGCCGGGAAAGCCUGUUUCUUAGAGAAGUACAAAGAGUGUCAACGACUCCACAAACAGAUCAGGCAACUCAGGGCUGCUGCACUGGACCAGAACUUUGACUUGUCAAAAAGACUGAGUGAAAACAAGAUUAUGUGCAGUGUUCUGCAGAGAGAGAAAGAGAGAAUGGAAAGAGAAAACGAUCUUUUGAAGAGAGAGAACAGCAGAUUGAUGAGUUACAUGGGUCUGGACUCUUUGCCAUACCAAAUACCUACUUCAGAUCAAGGAGGUGCAGGACAAAACCCAGGACUUGUCUAUGGAAACCCAUAUUCUGGUAUCCAAGAAAGUUCUGCCCCCAGCCUGCUCCCUCUCAAGAAGUGCCCCACCUGCAAAUCAGACAUCACUGAUGACAUUUUCGAUCACACCUUGGAACAGCAGCACAUUCAAACCCUUUAUUUGAAUUGUCCCAUUUGUGACAAAAGCUUCUCAGCAAAAGAAAAGCAAAUCUUUGAAGACCAUGUGUUCUGCCACACUUUUUAAGUGUCCUCGCCUCUUGGAUCUAUAUACUGUACAUAGAUUUUAUAGAGUACAACCUAUGGCUUCUACUAUGAGUUAUAACCCAAGAUCCUGCCUAACCUAAAAUUAUUAAGGAUUUAUUCAGUCCUGCUGCCCUAAAGGUAGAGUCAUGUGGAUUAUCUGAAAAAUACUAUUAAGGGCUGUUACUUCCAUCCAUGUGCGUUACCACUUUUUAAAGCACGUAACUGUCCGCCUCUUGCCUACGAUGCCCAUUCUUGCAAGAAUCUCUAGUACAAGGUCUCUGGGAUGGAACUGACCUGGCCGUUCACAACAGGCUUGACCCAAAUACUAAGUGAUUAUUUUUCCAAGUUGUCCCACGACCACUCAAGAUCAGGCCUUGAGUGUGUUUUAUACUCAUUCCUCAGUGUUAACCCUGAGGCUGGAGAUUGACCAGAGGUCGAGAAUUUCUUCCUCCUCUUCCUCAGGCCUCUUUCUCCAACUGAUUGUAGUAGACUAGCCAAAAAUGGCAUGGCAGAGAACUCAGGCAUCCAUUUUGGAUACCAAAGGCUUCUUAUCUUGACUUCUCAGCUCCCAAUAGAAGCAUCUUAUUCCUUAACCAUGGACAUGAAAAAUUUAUUUCAAUCACAGAAAGCCUUCUUUCUGGAUACCUAUGAUUGACAUUUUCUCCUUUUUGAUUUUUCCUGUGCACAUAACUUUUAUUUGUUGUUAAGCCUUUCUUCAUGAUUAGUAGGAGUGGUUAGAAACUGUAUGAGUUUGCAACUUUCCAAGCAAUGAGUUUGAAUAUGGAUAGGUCAGAAUAAUGAAAAUUAAUGUUAAUCUCUUUAAUACUAAAAAUAAACUAGUCCUCUGUUUCAGGGACUUUGAUAAUUUAAAAAA